AAAACCUGUUUGACCAUUUCUGAAAUCAGUAGAAAGUCAUGGGUGUUUUCACUUACGAGUCUCAGGUUAUUACAGCCAUAUCACCUGCCAAGAUGUUCAAGGCUUGCGUUCUUGAUGGUGACAAUCUCAUUCCCAAGAUUCUUCCUCAGGCUUUUAAGAGUAUUGAGUACAUUGAAGGCAAUGGUGAGCCUGGUGGCAUCAAGAAGGUCACCUUUGGAGAAGGAAGCCAGUUCAAAUACAUGAAGCAGAAGACGAAAUUGGAGGCCUCUCCGGAUGGGGGAUCUCUAUGCAAAACUUGUAGCAAGUACUACACCGUUGGUGAGUUUGAGCUCAAGGAAGAGGGAAUCAAGGCAGGCAAAGGAAAGUCAUUGAGAAUGUUCAAGGCCAUUGAAGCCUACCUCCUGGCAAAUCCUGAUGCUUACAAAGAUAGCAUCAUCCACUUCAAUGAAUAUCACGUACGCUAUUGGCCAUUUUUCUCUUCUAGUUUUUAG